AUCUUCCAACCCCAUUGAACACAAAUAAUUGGAGAGCAUCCAAACAAACCCUAGCCAGCUCCCGCCAUGGCUGCAGGUUUUUGGCUUGCCAUUCUGGUUUGUUUGCUUGGGUUUUUUCUGGGUCUCAUCUUGAACCAUUUCCUGCCCUUGUUCUUGAAGCUUGGCCCUCUCCCUAAGGGCACGUUUGGCUGGCCUGUGCUUGGUGAAACCCUUGCCUUUCUCAACCCUCACCCUUCCAACUCUAUUGGCUCCUUCCUUCAGGACCAUUGCUCUAGGUAUGGAAAAGUGUUCAAAUCCCAUUUGUUCUUCUCUCCCACAGUGGUGUCAUGUGAUCAAGAACUGAACUACUUCAUUCUGCAAAAUGAAGACAAGUUGUUUCAGUGCAGCUACCCAAAGCCCAUCCAUGGAAUUCUUGGUGACAUAUCAAUGCUUGUGGCAGUGGGUGACAUUCACAAGAGGCUCAGGAAUGUGGCUCUUUCACUGGUCACUAGAAUUAAGGCCAAGCCAGAGUUUCUAACUGACAUUGAGAAGACUGCAAUUCAGAUUCUGGGUUCUUGGAAAGAGAGGCAGCAAGUCUUGUUCUGUGAAGAGGCCAGAAAGUUCACCUUCAAUGUAAUAGUAAAGCAGGUUCUAGGGUUGACUCCUGAUGAGCCAGAGACUGCAAGAAUUCUUGAAGAUUUCCUCACUUUCAUGAAAGGGCUGAUUUCUUUGCCUCUAUAUGUUCCUGGGACUCCGUAUGCAAGAGCCGUUCAGGCUAGAAGUAGAAUAUCUUCCACUGUAAAAGCAAUUAUAGAGGAAAGAAGAAGGAGAGGUGUUGGAGAAUCUAAUAAAAGGGGUGACUUCCUUGAGAUACUUCUAGGUGUUGAUUCCUUAUCUGAAGAUGAAAAAGUCAGUUUUGUUUUGGACUCUCUUUUGGGAGGCUAUGAAACCACCUCAGUGUUGAUGGCCAUGGCGGUUCAUUUCCUCGGCCAAUCUCCCACUGCCCUUGCACAGUUAAAGCUAGAGCACGAGAACAUAAGAAGCAUGAAGAAGAGAGGUGAAUUUUUGAACUGGGAAGAUUACAAGAAAAUGGAUUUCACUCAAAAUGUCAUUAGUGAAGCUCUGAGAUAUGGAAAUGUAGUGAAAUUUGUGCACAGAAAGGCUCUCAAAGAUGUCAAAUUCAGAGGUUACUUAAUUCCCUCUGGCUGGAAGGUCCUACCAGUUCUUAGUGCAGUUCACUUAGACCCAUCUCUCCAUGCAGAUGCUCUCCAGUUUCAUCCUUGGAGAUGGGAGACUCAAGAUCAGGCAUGCAAGAAGUUUACUCCAUUUGGUGGAGGAUCAAGAUGCUGCCCAGGAUCUGAACUUGCUAAGGUAGAGAUUGCAUUCUUCCUCCACCACCUUGUCCAAAAUUUCAGAUGGAGAACUGAAGGUGGUGACCAGCCCUUUGCACACCCAUAUGUGGAGUUUCAGAAAGGGAUGGCACUGAAAGUUGAGCACUUCUCCACUUGAAAACCAUCCAAAUUCACAGUGAAUUCUGAAUUGACUAGGGGCUCUGGCAUAAUUUGUUUUGUAUCUAAACCAUAUCAAUGAAUCUUUUGGACUUGUGGCCCAAAGAUUCUUUGAUGAGAGAGGGCCCUUCACUUUCAUGUUAAGUAUAGUCCUUUCUGUACAUUUUUUUCCCUUUCUCUUUUUUCCCCCCUUCGAAGAGUUGUAAUUUUGUUCAUCUUCCCAUAAUAAUGAAAAUCCCUUUCUCA